UCCGCGGCGAACGCUGGGGAGUCAGUAGAAUGCGCUGUAUCGCACACAGUUCUUCUGUUGUGAUACUGUUUUUGCAUGUUUCUUCAAUGCACAAAUCGUAAUUAUGUGGAUACCUACAGAACACGAAAAAUACGGCGUCGUGCUGGCCAGUUUUCGGGGGACUGUUCAGCAUGGCUUGCCGCUGGAGAUCGGGGAUACGGUGCAGAUACUGGAGAAAUGUGAAGGGUGGUACAGGGGAUUUAUUCUCAAGAAUCCUAAUGCUAAGGGUAUCUUCCCAUCGAGUUACGUUCACUUGAAAAAUGCACAUAUCAGGAACAAGGGGCAGUUUGAGACCGUUAUUCCCACUGAAGACUCUGUCAUCACGGAGAUGACAUCGACCCUGAGAGACUGGGGCACGCUGUGGAAGCAGCUUUAUGUGAAGAGUGAGGGCGACCUGUUCCACCGGCUCUGGCACGUGAUGAACGAGAUCCUGGACCUCAGGAGACAGGUGCUUGUGGGUCACCUGACCCACGACCGCAUGAAGGACGUCAAACAGCACAUCACCGCCCGGCUGGACUGGGGCAAUGAACAGCUGGGCUUGGACCUGGUCCCCAGGAAGGAGUUCAGCAUGGUGGACCCCGAUGACAUCAGUGUGACGGAGCUAUACAAGCUGAUGGAGCACAGACACAGGAAGAAGGAGACGCCUGUACCUGCCAGCACGCAUCACCUGUUCCUGCAGGUGAAGAGUCUCAUGAGCUCCAACCUGGGCGAGGAACUGGAGGCCUUCUUCUCUGUCUACGACGGCCGAGAAAACCGACCGCUCAGUGAAAGGUUCUUUGUGAAGCUGAACAAGCAGGGAGUACCCAAGUCUCCAGAGAAGACGGAGAGGCAGUGCACUCUGUUUGUGGAUUUGGGCAGCGGUGAUCUGAGGAAGGACGUGUAUAUUGUAGCUCACAUAAUUCGAAUAGGGCGUAUGGGGGCCGGAGAGAAGAAGAGCGUCUGCAACGUUCAGUAUCGCCGGCCGUUCGGAUGCGCGGUGGUCAGCAUCGCUGACCUUCUGACCUCUGACUGCAAGGACGACCACAUCCUGAAGGUUUACACAUGCAAUACAGAGAGCGAAUGGUAUCAGAUACACGAGAACAUCAUCCGAAAAGUGAACUCCAGAUACAACCUCUCUGGAUCAAACACUGGCCUGGCCGUCUCUCUCCAGCUCCUCCAUGGGGACAUAGAGCAGAUCAGGAGGGAGUACAUGGUGCUGUUCACCCGGGGUGUGUCCAUCACCAAGAAACUGGGCUUCUCUGAUGUCAUCAUGCCAGGUGAGAUGAGGAAUGAUUUGUACAUCACUCUGGAGAGGGGCGAGUUUGAGAAAGGGGGGAAGAGCGUGGCCAGAAACGUGGAGAUCACAGUGUACCUGCUGGACAUCGACGGGCAGGUUCUCAAGAGCUUGGUGGCUGCGGGUUCAGGAGAGCCAGGGGGUGACGAGUUCCACUCCUUUGUGCUGUACCACAACAACAGCCCACGCUGGGCGGAGCAGACCAAGCUGCCCAUCCCGGUGGACAUGUUCCGCGGGUCCCACGUGCGCUUCGAGUUCAGACACUGCUCCACGAAAGAGAAAGGAGAGAAGAAGCUGUUUGGCUUCUCCUUCAUCCCACUGAUGCAGGAGGACGGGCGCACGCUGCCAGACUGCACACACGAGCUCAUAGUGCAUAAGUGUGAGGAGAAUGCUAAUCUCCAGGACUCCGCUCGCUACCUCAAGCUGCCGUUCUCUAAAGCCAGUCUCCCGGGAAACAACCAGGCGGUGAAAAGCACUAAGGAGUCCUUCUGGAUCACCUCGUUCCUCUGCUCCACUAAACUCACUCAGAACGGCGAUAUGCUGGACCUGCUGAAGUGGAGAGCUCAUCCAGAGAGGAUAAGUGACAGCCUGACCAAGAUCAAGGAGAUCGACGGCUCGGAAAUAGUCAAGUUUCUGCAGGACACACUGGACACACUUUUCGGAAUCUUGGAUGAAAAUUCCCAGAGAUACGGGUUGAAGGUUUUCGACUGCCUCGUCCACAUAAUAAACUUGCUGCAGGACAGCAAAUUCCAGCAUUUUAAGCCGGUUAUGGACACCUACAUCGAGAGCCAUUUCGCUGGAGCCCUGUCGUACAGGGAUCUGAUCAAGGUGCUGAAAUGGUACGUGGACCGCAUCGUGGACGCAGAACAUCAGGAGCAUAUUCAGCAGGUUCUGAAGGCUACGGAGUACAUCUUUAAGUACAUCAUUCAGUCGCGGCGCUUGUUCUCCCUGGCGACGGGCGGGCAGAACGAGGAGGAGUUCCGCUGCUGCAUCCACGAGCUCUUCAUGUCCAUCCGAUUCUUCCUGUCCCAGGAGAGCAAAGGGACCAGCGCUGUCACACAGACACAGGCGGUGUUCCUGAGGACGUUCCCGGCCGUGUACCAGGAGCUGCUGAAGAUCUUCAGCAUGCGGGAGGUGGCGGGCUUCGUGCGGGAGACGCUGGGCAGCCUGCCCGUGCUCACGCAGGCAGAGAGCCCCCUCGAGGCCGUCAAGCUGCAGUGCAUCGCCAAGACCGUGGAGAGCCAGCUGUACUCCAACCCCGAGUCCAGGUGCAUUCUGUUACCUGUAGUCCUGCACCUGCUCCAGGUGCACAUGCAGGAGCAGAGAGACCUGGUCAUGUGCUCCCGGAUCCUCAGCAGCAUGUUCACCCUCAUCAAGAAGGACGGCACAGAGUUCUCGGUCUCGGAGGAAGUGCCUAUGAUCGUGGAGAGCCUGCUGAAUGUGAUCCUGAGGACCAUCUUAGAGAUCACCAACCGGCCCCAACCGGCCGGGACCGCCCUGAGGCUGCAGUUUCAGGACGUCACGGGCGAGUUUGUGGCCUGUCUGCUCGCCCUCCUGCGGCAGAUGACGGAUAAACACUACCUGCAGCUCCUGGACAGCUUCACCAAUAAGGACGAUUUGAGGGAUUUCCUCCUCCAGAUCUUCACCGUCUUUCGGAUCCUCAUUCGGCCCGAGAUGUUCCCCAAAGACUGGACCGUGAUGCGACUGGUCACCAACAAUGUGAUCAUCACCACCGUGCUGUAUCUGUCCGACGCUCUGAGGAAGAACUUCCUGAAUGAGAAGUUUGAUUAUAAGGUCUGGGACUCCUACUUUUACCUCUCGGUCAUCUUCAUUAACCAGCCCUGUCUGCAGCUGGAGAUAUUCGCUCCGUCCAAGAGGAAGAAGAUUCUGGAGAAAUAUGGAGACAUGCGGGUGAUGAUGGGUUGCGAGAUCUUCAGCAUGUGGCAGAAUCUGGGCGAGCACAAACUGCACUUCAUCCCCGCCAUGAUCGGCCCGUUCCUGGAGGUGACCCUGGUCCCGCAGCCGGACCUCCGGAACGUCAUGAUUCCCAUCUUCCACGACAUGAUGGACUGGGAGCAGCGGCGGAGCGGAAACUUCAAACAGGUGGAGGCGAAGCUGAUCGACAAGCUGGACAGCCUGAUGUCAGACGGCAAGGGCGACGAGACGUACAGGGAGCUCUUCAACAGCAUCUUGCUGAAGAAGAUCGAGAGGGAGACGUGGAGAGAGAGUGGCAUCUCGCUGAUCGCCACCGUCACCCGGCUGAUGGAGAGACUGCUGGACUACAGGGACUGCAUGAAGCUGGGGGAGGUGGAUGGGAAGAAGAUCGGCUGCACUGUCAGCCUCCUGAACUUCUACAAGACAGAGCUGAAUAAGGAGGAGAUGUACAUCCGCUACAUCCACAAGCUGUAUGACCUGCACCUGAAAGCACAGAACUACACAGAGGCCUCUUACACGCUCCUGCUGUACGACGAGCUGCUCGAGUGGUCGGAUCGUCCGCUCCGGGAGUUCCUCAGCUACCCCAUGCAGAGCGAGUGGCAGAGGAAGGAGUACCUGCACCUGUCAAUCAUCCAGAACUUCGACCGGGGCAAGUGCUGGGAGAACGGAAUCAUUCUGUGUCGGGAGCUGGCAGACCAGUACGAGGCCUACUACGACUACAGGAACCUCAGCAAGAUGCGGAUGAUGGAGGCAUCGCUAUACGACAAGAUCAUGGACCAGCAGCGUCUGGAGCCGGAGUUCUUCAGAGUGGGCUUCUACGGCAAGAAGUUCCCCUUCUUUUUACGGAAUAAAGAGUUUGUGUGCCGGGGGCACGACUACGAGCGCCUGGAGGCCUUUCAGCAGCGCAUGCUGAACGAGUUCCCCCACGCCAUCGCCAUGCAGCACGUCAACCAACCCGACGACACCAUCUUCCAGGCCGACGCCCAGUACCUCCAGAUCUACGCGGUCACACCCAUCCCGGAGAGCCAGAGCGUGCUGCAGAGGGACGGCGUCCCUGACAACAUCAAGAGCUUCUACAAGGUCAACCACAUCUGGAGGUUCCGCUACGACCGGCCCAUCCACAAGGGCUCCAAGGACAAGGAGAACGAGUUCAAGAGCCUGUGGGUAGAACGGACCACCCUCACCCUGGUACAGAGUCUGCCAGGCAUCUCGCGCUGGUUCGAGGUGGAGAAACGUGAGCUGAUUGAGAUGAGUCCUCUGGAAAACGCCAUAGAGGUGAUGGAGAAUAAGAACCUCCAGCUGCGGUCGCUGAUCUCGCAGUGCCAAACCCGCCAAAUGCACAACAUCAACCCCCUCACCAUGUGCCUGAACGGAGUCAUCGACGCCGCCGUCAACGGGGGGCUGACGCGCUACCAAGAGGCCUUCUUUGUGAAGGACUACAUAGUGAACCACCCUGAGGAUGGAGAGAAGAUCGGACGGCUCAGAGAGCUCAUGUUCGAACAGGCCCAGAUCUUGGAGUACGGACUGGCGGUCCACGAGAAAUUCGUACCCCAGGACAUGAGGCCUCUGCAUAAAAAGCUGGUGGAUCAGUUUCACCUGAUGAAGUCCAGUUUGGGAAUACAGGAGUUUCCGGCCUACGUGCGCGCCAGCCCCAUCCACUUCACCAAUGGUAGCCCGCGCACCUGCAGAAACUCCGUCCCCAACAUCAUCAGUCCUGAGGGAGCCCGAGGGGUGGCCCGACGCAGCCCCCUCAGCUACCCGGCUGUCAACCGCUACUCCUCCUCCUCGCUGUCCUCUCAGGCCUCCAACGAGGUCAGCAACAUCACCGGCCAAUCAGAGAGCUCGGACGAAGUCUUCAACAUGCAGCCAAGCCCGUCUACCUCCAGCCUGAGCUCCAAUCACUCGGCUUCCCCGAACGUGACAAGCUCCGCCCCCUCCAGCGCCCGAGGGUCGCCCCUCCUGUCGGAAAAACACAAGCAUUCAAGAGAGAACUCCUGCCUCUCGCCCCGGGACAGGCCCUGUAGUGCCAUCUACCCUAACGCCCAGGACGCCACGCAGAGGUCACUGCCACAUCAGAUAGGGGACAACUCGUUGCCACGGAGUGACCCCAACCUCUCUACGCCUGACAAAGUCGUGAACCCCAACCCGAGUAGCUGGAGUCUAGACAGUGCUAAGGAUGCUAACACACAAAUAUCAGACACUGUGGGAAAGUUGGUAUCGCCCCCUGUCCCUCCUAGGCCACCGUACCCAGGAUCGCCGGCAAGGAACUUGAGGUCCCUGUCCCCCGUGCAGACCCCCAGGUCUCCCCAAAAGGGCUCGGCUCCCCCGUUCACCCCCUCCCCCACAGAGUGCCAGUCGACUGGCCUGGUCUCCAACUCGCCCGUGCUCUCUGGCAGCUACAGCAGCGGAAUCUCCUCUCUGAGCCGCUGCAGCGUCUCGGAAACGUCUGGCAUCGAGGGGCCCACGCCCGGCGACCACGCCCUCACCACCUCCAUCUCCAGCGGCUCGGAUGAGCUCAUUCGCCGGGAGAACAAGACCCCACCCCCCUACAGCGUUUACGAACGGAACAACCCCCGCCGGCCCGUACCUCUGCCUCACAGCCUGUCCAUCCCCCCCCCCAUCGACCCGCCCGCCCUGCCCCCCAAACCCCACCAGCAGCGACCCGGCCGGACUGAACCCGUACCCCGGCCCCGCCCACUGCCAAGGAAAGUCUCGCAGCUGUAACCCUGAGAUUCCGCCCAGGAAGGUCUGGCAGCUGUAAUGCUGCUUCCUGGUUUAGACUCCGCCCAGGAAGGUCUGGCAGCUGUAACGCUGCUUCCUGGUUUAGACUCCGCCCAGGAAGGUCUGGCAGCUGUAGUGGUGCUUCCUGGUUUAGACCCCGCCCAGGAAGGUCUGGUGGCUGUAGUGCUGCUUCCUGGUUUAGACUCCACCCAGGAAGGUCUUAGAUAGAUAGACCUCACUUAUUAUAAUUUUUUUGCACAACUACACUUUUACUGGGUUUGUUAAACCCCCAAGGCUUCUGAGGGAGGGAGUGGGAGAAUUAAACGGAAACAGAACUUUAAAGCAAACCGUCCUAUUAACAGCACCGUUAAGUACUUUGCAUCUGGCAGGUCCACAUCUUAAUUAAUUACCUUUACAGAAGGAAAAAAAGUGACAACUAACACAUUGUUAUGUAUUUUUGAUAGAUGUAAAAAAAAAUGCAAGUAAAUGUAUAUAUUGGAUUAAAAAAAAGAUAAUACAGGGUUUUUUGCCUUAAAUAUAAAAGAAAAGAAAAGUAGAAUUUCGAUGAAGGUUAAUUGUGAGUUCUGCAGCUCACUGGUCUUGCUGUCUACCUUUCUUAGUUGGCUCAUCAUAAAGGUGCUCGAUCUUUCCUGUACGACAUUCAGUGUAGCCCAGUAUCUAACAGUUCCGACCGAUGGUUUGGUGUUCCCGUAUAUAAAAUCUGUGGGUUUCCAAGUUUUGUGCCAAAGGACCAUAUAUGCUUUUAUUUUAACUAGAACUUUAGAUUCCACUCGAGUGACUGGAAAUGUUCGGCCGGACUGUGACAGUGUCCAGUGGUGUUCUCCAUUUUGUGUACAGUACUCAACAGUAUACUGUAGAACUGAGCUGUCAGACAUUUUGUGUACAGUUUGUGAAAGCAGUAUUUGGAUUCUUGGUUGCAUGAGGUCUGUAUAAAGCAAUAUUAGCACUGUACUAAGACAAAUAGGGUUAUGCAGACAAAGCACAAACAAGCAUCACAGAGGUAUUCCGGCAGGAUCGCUACUGUAAAUCACUUUUUAUCCACUGUUGGAUCAGUCACUUCCUCGUCGCUGUGGGCAUUAGCUCAUUUCAUGUUUUAUGAGACACUGCACAGUGCAUUUUAGAUGCUGUCACAUUAGACUGCCAGUGAGCCCUCGCAGGAAAGGGCUUCCAUUCCGAAAAACACAACUUAAAACAUUCUCUUUGCAAAGCUUUUUGUCAACAUUUUAUGUAAAGCAAUGUUUAGCUACUUGUUUAUACAGGCAAACUUUUUUUAAAAGGGUUUUUCGUAUUUGUCUCGCUCAAAAACUUGCUGACUGAAUGUACUGUAUUUCCUAGCUGUUUUACAGUAUUUAGACUAUAGCCGUGGGUCCAGUACGCCCACAAUUUCAAAGUGUUUUCUCGUGAGCAACAUGGGCUGGGAUUCAGUCAAAGUUUGUACUUAAAUUUGACUCACAAAAACGAGAAUUCUUUUUUCACACACAUAGUUUGGAGAGUUUAAUAAUCACUAAAACUUGCCAAGUCGAGGUUCUGAAGGGAAAAGUGUAACACUUGAGUUUACUUGUAAGUCAAAGUUAAGGAUAAAGGUUGGGUGAAUACAGGCCAAUGUCUUGCAAUAUUUCAGUGGAAAAUAUUGAUUGCUUUAAAUCAGUGACCAGUUUUUUCAAUAUUAACCACAGUAUUCUUUGUAUGUUUCACUUUUUUGUAUGAUUUUUUUUUUUGUGAAUUUGGGAUAAAAUAUUUACAUUAAUCAGUACUUGUGAAAGUGUAAAUUACUUAAUGAGAUUGUUGUAAGUAUGCCAAAUACCUUGUCUAUUACAAUUAUUGUACAUAAAGUACUGUGUUUUUAACAAAAUGUAGCCAUAUUGAAUUUACCGCUUUGAAUGUUGCAAGGACAAAUUCUAAUUAUAAAUGUUAAAUAUGUAUAUGUUUUAGUGAGUGUUUAAGGAUGAAAGCAAUGCGUCACUGCACCUAACGCAUUUACAUGCUUGAAUAACACCAUUUAAUAAAAACAUUUUCGACAAGGA